AUGGAUUCGCCUAGACAACGUCAAGAGAUGAAGGAUAUGAAAUUGUGUGAGAAGAUAACGAAAACUCUGCGCCGUAAUGGUCCUCAAAGAGUUGUGCUGGCUGGGGAAGCUGGAAUCGGGAAGACGCGGCUGGCGAAAAAGGUAAGCGAGCAUGAAACUAGGGAAGGCAUGUGCUACGUCACCCUCUGUUUACAUCUCAACAAGAGGUUUGAUGAUGAAUUGUCGCUUUACGAGAACAUAGCUUUCCAUAUUGGAGUGUAUGAUCGAGAUGAGAAGGCCUGGAAGCAAGCGAAAGACUUGUUAAAGGCUUUGAAGGAGGAGAUAAGUGCAGAGCUUAGCAGAAGAAGGAAGAGAUCAGCUAAGGAAAAAAUGAAGUUCUUGUUUACUGAGAAAAAUGCUAAGAAGUUCGGUGAAGGAGAGAAGAAGAGACACACUUCAUCUGGUCUAAUGGUGCCGUACCUUCUACUGAUACUUGAUGAUGAAGGGUACAAGACUGGUGAAGACACUGUGAUGAAAGAUUUGGGUCUUGAGAGUUUUCUUCAAGAUUACGUGCCUCUUAAAAUUCUUAUUACAAAGCGUGAUGGGGAAACUGAGUCCCAUGCCACGGACAAGCCACGGAAUACAGAGAGUGAUAAUAAAAUCAAGCCACGAGAUGAGACUACAAUUCGCGAUGAGUCACAAGCUUUACUUGACACCCUUACUCAUCAAAAUUUGCAGGAUUUGUUUGAGUCCCUUACUAAGGAUGAAGCGAGAGGGUUGCUUGAGUCCCUUCAGAGAGCUUGGAAGAUUGAUGAGCCAUUGAUACCUCAGGUGGUGCGGAAAAGUAAAAAUUUGCCCGCUGCAAUUACCGUGUUUUCCAAGUCCUUAAACUGCAUUACUCAUAAGAAGAGUUUCAAGAAUCUUUCUCCAAAACAAGAGAAGGUUUUAAAAGAAGUUUUAUUCCUCUCUGAUAGCAGUAUCAAAUUAUGGAGAUGCAAUCCCAUUCUGCAUCUUGCUUAUGAGCUGUUGGAAACCGACGAUACAUUGAAGAGUGCCAUCAUUGAUUGUUUUUGGCACACCUUAGACUUUUUCAAACAUUGUGGCUGUGUUUAUUAUCGUGACCUGAUCACACAAUGGAUACUUGAAGGGUACUUUGAUCCUGUUCGAUCUGUUAAGAAGGCUUAUAAGGAAGGCCAUGAUAUCUUGUUGGAGCUUAUAAACCGCGGUAUUCUGAAGAUACAAGAGGAUGAUAUGGUUGUACCAGAAAUGGCAAUGACCAAUUUAAUCGAUCUUUGUCAUCAUGGGCUCUUAAGCAGGUCACGGCUCCGACUUGCAAGGGUUUAUGGUGGUGACAAGAGCAAAGGUCUAGGGAAAAUAACCCAGAUAGAUGAUAUGAUAAGAACAGUACAAGCAAAGAAACGAGAAAAUCUUCUUACAGUUCUGGUAAGUGGAAACCGUUUGCGUCUUGAAACACCUAAGGAGUUCUUUGAGCAGCCGCAGAUGAAGGAUCUUGAAGUACUUGGUCUUUUUUAUCCCACAUUGGAAUAUCUUGUCCAGUCUUUAAGAGAACUCAAGCAACUCCGCGUUCUUGUGAUCAGAGACUAUGAUUUACUGCCAAGUAUAGAGGAGCUUCAGGGUCUACGAAGGCUAGAGGUUCUUGAAGUUUCCGGCGCUAGCUCUGUGGAAACUAUCUCUGAUAAAUUCUUUGAAGCAGUGCCCGAACUUCAAAGUCUUAACCUCUCUGGGCUUCGUAUCAAAUCUUCACCUUCCAGCAUUUCUCAAUUGAAGUACCUCCACAGUCUCAUCCUUAGGGACUGUCCUGUAUUGGAAGAUUUGCCAGACAUACAGCAUUUGGACAGGCUCGAGGUUCUCGACAUCCGUGGUGUACGCAAUCUAAAAACUUGCUUCAGAAACCGAACAUUUGCUCGUCUUCAACAGCUUCAGCUCCUCGAUUUUUCAGAGAGCAAACAAAAGCGAAUUCCAAUAUUUCAAGACCUUGCGUUGACUACCAGUCUUCACUCCUUGACGCGACUCUCAUUGCGAAAAUGUACCAAUUUACUAAAACUGCCCAAUCUUCAACCAUUAUCCGGUCUCCAAAUCCUCGAUCUUUCCGGUACCAGCAGCUUAGUGGAAAUUGCAGAAGUGUGCUUCGAGCAGAAAGAGGAACUCAAAAUUAUUAAUAUGUCAGGCACAAAGUUUACCAAGUUGCCUUCCACUAUCUCCAGGUUAUCCAACCUUAGUCAGUUCCUACUAAGAGACAACUCCAACCUAGAAGCCCUCCCAAACAUCAAGGGACUCACAAGCCUCGAAGUCUUCGAUGUUUCCGGGUGCACUAAGUUGCAUAAUAUUGAGGGAUCCUUUGAGGAGAUGGCUUACCUGCGUGAAGUUAAUCUCUCUAGCACCAGAAUAAAAACCGUACCAGAGUUGCCAGCGAAGAACAGUCUCUGUUGCUCAAAGUUAGUUGUUCUUGCAGAUUCGAGAAGUUUAAAAUGUGAUAAUUGGAGCCAAGUAAAGGAAUCCAUAACAAAUGGGAUUUCUGAAAGUCUUAGCUCUUCUGGUACAGUCAACGAAAUCGAAGAAGUCUCAAGAAAGGAGUUAGGAAGAGUGAGGGAGAAACAGUUGAAUGAAGCUUCGGCCUUUGAUUUUCCGGAAAACAAAAGUCGUAUAUACAAGUUUAUCUAUAUGAACACAAUACCAUUUGUCGAUACUAAAAGUCAUCAGAAAGUUCUAGAGAUCCAAGGAUCACAUGGCAUAGAUCAAGACAAGGAAACCUUAGCUCGAGCUGAGUUUGUGGCUUUUGUGGACAUUAGCAGCAGAAGUCUCUCAUCUAUCUUCAGUGAUUUGAAAUCAGUGAAAGGUUGUUGGCUGGAGAUGUGCGGGGAUAUAGAAAAUCUUUUCUCCGGCGUAGAUGAGGAACGCCUGAGAAACUUGGAGAGUAUGUCCAUAACGAAUCUUCGAUUGAUGGAAAGAAUAUGCAGUAGCAGCUUCAAGAAUCUGAAGAAACUAAGCCUAGAUUGUUGCCCAAGCAUUAAAAUGCUUUUCACUGCAUCAGAGCCACCCAUCAGCCUACAAGUCUUGAAAAUAAAGUUUUGUUACAAGCUGGAGAAAGUGUGUGAAAAACAAGUCGAAUUGCCGAAUCUGCACACACUGUGUCUUCUUGAGUUGCCUAUGCUAUCCAUCGUUGGUGCUACGCUGCCUAAUCUGGAGACUUACAAAAAAGACAAAUGCCCAAAGCUGAAUAUUUCAAAGGAAAAACUCAAAAGCAGCGUGAGCUUAUCUUGA